AUGGACGGCGUUGACGCAUUGCAUAUAUAUCCGGAAUGCCGAAUGACGACAAUGGGAAAGGAGUACAGAGGCACCCAUAGUCAAACACAAACUGGAAGGAAGUGCUGGCAUUGGAAGAUGCUUGCAGACGAUUCAGAAUUAAUAUCUUCUGUAUACUUUUUAUUUGAAAUUUUGCAGCAGCAGGUGAUGAAGUUGAGCCCUUUGAGUGUCAUGGAUAGACAGAUAGACAUCUAUGAGUUAAUUUCAAAACAGGAUCUAAACUAUUGCCGGAACCCAACGUCGGCAGAGCAACCAUGGUGCUUUAUUUCCACAAACUAUAGUCAAUGGGAAUUCUGCGACAUCCCCUUCUGCUCCGGCCGAAAAGAGCUACCGGAAUGCAGAUUGACUGAAGAGGGACGGGAGUAUGCAGGGUUUAUGAACGUGGACUCAUUUGGUCGGAAAUGUCAACCCUGGCUGACACCAGACCCGAAGCGAUUCGAACUCCUGAAUUUCCUCGCAUUCCCUGACCAACUCAUGAACUAUAGUUACAACUACUGUCGCAAUCCUGACCUGAAGGAAGACCGACUCUGGUGUUUCAUUGAAGAAGGAACUUGGACAGGACAGGGAGAAUGCGAGGUCCCAUUUUGCUAUGAAGCGUAUGAACGUUCCGCUCUCAAAGGUAAACCGGCGCAAGGAUACCCGGAAUGUUUGCAGACCACGAUGGGGAAGGAAUACGUGGGGACGACGAAGAAGACGUUGUCUGGCAAGUCCUGCCUACGAUGGGACGCUCAGCCCUAUGGAAAGCUUGAGGACUUCGAUCCGAAAUUAUCAUACGAUGAUCACUUCCGAUUUGGCAGUGCCGCAUCGCAUCAAGAUUUCUGCAGGAACCCGACAUCCAUGCUUGAGGACUUCGAUCCGAAAUUACCAUACGAUGAUCACUUCCGAUUUGGCAGUGCCGCAUCGCAUCAAGAUUUCUGCAGGAACCCGACGUUGAAGACGCAACCCUGGUGUUUUGUCGCAGAUCCAUUCGUGAAAUGGGAAUUCUGCGAUAUCCCCCUCUGCCCCAACUACCCUAGUAAGCUCACUACGAUCCACGGAUAA